CAUAGAUUAUCAGUUCCCAGCUCCUCUCCUUCCAGAAUGAGAAGCCCUAAGGAUGUCUCAGUCCAAAGAAGCUAGACCCAGUGGGCUACCAAACUGGGCACUGCUAUGCCUAUAUCAUAAGUGAACAGAUAAAUAACUGUUCCUGUGGAGCCACUGUCCAAUGCCUCUGUUCUCUCCUAUCACAUUGAAGAUGUGCUGCCUGGUUUGUUUCUUCUGAUGGGUUCUUGUCUGUUUGAGUCAUCUCUGGGAUGUGUGGAGUUGGAGCAGGAGGGCUGUGACUGGCUGAUUGUGCUGAGUUUGUGAAAACAGACCCUCAGACAGAGGGUACUAUGCUAAUGGGUAGACACAGGUGUGGGAGGGGUAAACCAAGUCAAGUUCAGGCAUUCAGGCAGGCAAGGGUCUUUGAAUAGGCUAAGCAGAUGGGCCUCCAACAAAGGCAGGUAGGGUACCUGGGUGGGGAGUAUGACUGGAGUUCUCCCUCUUCUCCUCUCCACUCCCUCUGCUACUAUGGGCUCAUUAAGUCUGUUUCUGAACCCCCUUCUCCCAAGGCCCCCCCACCCAGGUAGUCAGCUCAGCUUAUCAAUCAGGGCUGCCAGGUGGAUCAAAUUCGUCAAAGUUUGGUGAGAUCAGUGACCUCUGCUCACUUCCAAGCAGGAGCUCCUCCCCUCCUCCCUAUUGCGAGUCCUGAAAGCCCAGCCGUACUCUCUCUUAGAGAAAGUCAGUUACAUUACAGUCUACUUUCCCUAUCCUGCCCCUGAACCUCUGCCUGGGGUUGAGAGAUGUGGUCCAUCCUUCCCAGGGCCCCACUUUCCUGCCCACCAAGAAAGGUCGCAGGAGACUGGGCCUUUGGGGGCAGUAUCUGGGUCAGGCACCCUGAGCAGGCCAGAGUGAAAAGCCUUUUCCUUCUCCUUCUUCCCAGGACACCGACCCAAGGACACUCCAUGGCAGGUGGGGGUGAAGUGUGGAGUGGGGGGCGCAGCCUGGAGAUCCGUGCAUCCCUGGCUUUCCUGGAGAACCAGGAGUUCCCAGCUCUGCUGUCUCCAGUUGUCUUUUCCCUGUACUCAUGGCAACAUCAACUACCAGCCCCAGUUCACCUCUCCGGGCAGAGGAUCUCCUGAGCGAUUCAUCAGAAGCCCCUGGGUUGAACCAAGUGUCCUCUGAGGUGACCUCCCAGCUCUAUGCUUCUUUGCACCUCAGUCGUCAGGCAGAGGCCACAGCCCGAGCACAGCUGUAUUUACCCUCCACCUCUCCACCUCCUCAUGAGGAAUUAGACAGCUUGGCCCAAGAGCUGAGUCGCAGCUUGUCAGUUGGAUUGGAGAACAACUUGAAGAAAAAGGAUGGUUCCAAGCAUAUCUUUGAGAUGGAAAGUGUUCGGGGCCAACUCCAGAGCAUGCUCCAAACCUCACGUGACACAGCUUAUCGGGAUUCCCUUGCUCCAGGUGCUGGCUCAGCGAGACGGGAAGAAGACUCUUUUGACAGUGACAGCACAGCCACCUUGCUCAACACCCGGCCCCUGCAAGACUUAUCUCCAUCUAGCUCAGCUCAAGCCCUGGAAGAGUUGUUUCCCCGCUACACCAGCCUUCGGCCAGGGCCCCCACUCAAUCCCCCGGAUUUUCAGGGCCUGAGAGAUGCACUGGAUUCAGAGCAUACCCGUCGCAAGCAUUGUGAGCGCCAUAUUCAGAGCCUACAGACCCGAGUGCUAGAGCUUCAACAACAGUUAGCCGUUGCCGUGACAGCUGACCGCAAGAAAGAUAUCAUGAUUGAACAACUGGACAAGACCCUGGCCCACGUGGUGGAGGGCUGGAACAGGCAUGAAGCUGAGCGCACAGAGGUGCUUCGAGGACUUCAGGAGGAGCGCCAGGCAGCUGAACUCACUAGAAGCAAGCAGCAGGAGACAGUAACCCGUCUGGAACAAAGCCUUUCUGAGGCCAUGGAGGCCCUGAAUCGUGAGCAGGAAAGUGCCAGACUACAGCAACAGGAAAGAGAGACGCUGGAAGAGGAAAGGCAAGCUCUGACCCUGAGCUUUGAGCUAGAACAGCAGCGGUGCCGGGCCCUGCAGGAAGAACUGGAUGAGGCUCGCGCUGGGCAACUCAGUGAGCGUCGACAGUUGGAGACACUUCAGGUUGCCCUAGAAGGAGAACGGCAGACCUGGGCCCAGCAAGAGCGCCAGCUUAAGGAACGCUACCAGGCACUGCAGGAGGAGGGCCAGGUUCAGCUGGAAAGGGAGAAGGGGAACACGCAGAGAGAGGUCCAGGUAGCCCGGGAGGCCCAGCAGCAGCUGGCAUUGAUGCAGUCUGAGGUGCGGCGGUUGGAAGGAGAUCUGGACACAGCUCGGAGAGAGAGAGAUGCCCUGCAGCUGGAAAUGAGCUUGGUGCAGGCCCGGUAUGAAAGCCAGCGGAUCCAGCUGGAGUCAGAGCUGGCUGUGCAGCUGGAGCAGCGGGUGACAGAGCGGCUGGCGCAGGCUCAGGAGAGCAGCCUGCGGCAAGCAGCCUCCUUGAGGGAACAUCACAGGAAGCAGCUGCAGGACCUAAAUGGACAGCACCAGCAGGAAUUGUCCACUCAAUUGUCUCAGUUCAAGGUGGAAAUGGCAGAACGAGAGGAAAGGCAGCAGCAGGUGGCUCAGGACUAUGAGCUUAGACUGGCCCGGGAGCAAGCACGAGUGCGGGAACUGCAGAGUGGGAACCAGCAGCUGGAGGAACAGCGGACUGAGCUGGUAGAGAGGCUACAAGCCAUGCUGCAGGCCCACUGGGAGGAGGCAAACCAACUGCUGGGAACCUCCACCCUGCCUCCUAACCCCCCGGUCCCUACCAUCAGUCCCUCCAGCCCUGGGCCUCAGGAACCAGAGAAAGGGGAGAGGAGGGUCUGGACUAUGCCUCCCGUGGCUGUGGCCCUAAAGCCUGUGUUGCAGAAGAGCCGGGAAGCAAGGGACGAGCUGCCUGGAGUGCCACCUGUUCUCUGCAGCCCUUCCCCAGAUCUUAGCCUCCUACUGGACCCCAGUUUCCAGAACCAGCAUUCCUUCCAGCCCCUGGAGCCAAAGCCAGAUCUCACUUCAUCUUCAGCUGGGGCCUUCUCCUCUGCAGUUGGGGCCUUCCAUCCCAAUCAUAGAGCAGAACGGCCAUUCCCUGAGGAAGAUCCUGGAUCUGAUGGGGAUGGCUUCCUAAAGCAAGGGCUGCUACCCCCUUCUCAGAUGGAGGGCCUCAAGCAUUUUUUGCACCAGCUUCUGGAGACAGUACCCCAGAACAACGAGAACCCCUCUGUUGAGCUGUUGCCCCCUAAGUCUGGUUCCCUGACUGUCCCAUCUUGGGAGGAAGCCCCUCAAGUGCCACGCCUCCCACCCCCUGUCCAUAAAACUAAAGUGCCCUUAGCCAUGGCGUCUAGUCUUCUCCGGGUCCAUGAGCUUCCUUCAACCCAUUCACAGAGCAGUGUUCCCAGCAGUGGCUCCCCAGAGAGAGGUAGAGAUGGGGUUGCAUCCUCGAAACACCUGAUGGAGGUGUCUCAGCUGUUACGACUAUACCAGGCCCGGGGCUGGGAGGCACUGCCUGCUGAGGAUCUGCUGCUCUACCUGAAGAAGCUGGAACACAGCGGGACUGACAGCCGAGGGGAUGAUGUCCCCAGAAGGAACACAGACUUCCGUUUGGGUGAGAUCCCUCGGAAAGAGAUUACUUCCCAGGCUCUCCCUCGCCGCUUUGCCACAGCCCCUAAGACUGAAAAACCUCCGGCACGCAAGAAAAGUGGACACCCUGCGCCUAGUAGCAUGAGGAGUCGGGGGGGAAUCUGGAAAUAAGCUCCUGGCCCUUUCUCCUUUUUGUUCUCUUCUUAUUAUUACUUUAAUAAAUGCUCAGUAGUCUGUAUUAGAGUCUCUGACGCGUAGGAAGUUGGUAAAUGGAGGUUUUGUAGGAAACUAUGUAAAGAAACCUCAUUUUAUUCUGUAUGAGUAUGUUUUUUAUAUGUUAUAUGUUUCUAUUUUAUAUUCUGUGGAAAAAGACAUGGAGACAGUCUGUGGCUAGGUUGGAGAAGUUUUAGUGAGCUAAAGUUCAGUGUUUUAAGAGUAAAACCCUCAGAGUGAUUAGCUCUGGUUGGUAGUGUAAUUAUGGAUGAUUUUUAUUUUCUUUAUACAUUCCUGUAUUUUCCAUAUUUUCUAAAACAAGUAUGUAUUAAUAAUCAGAAAAAAAUCCAACUUAAUAAAAGAGUAAGUUAUAUAAA